GAAUGAAAAGGUGAGGAGGGGGAAAACGUCCCCCAGGGUCAAUUAAUCGCGCAUCAGUGACCAUCUGCAAAUGUGUCGGAGGAAUUUCAGCCGCUCUCCGGAGUUCCAGGUGUUGUUAGUAUGGGAAGUCGACAACAAUGGCUAUCACGACUGAAGAAUGAGUUAAGCAAUAGUCCUCUCGUGUCUAACGUGGCCUUUGGGUUCAUCCUGAUGGGACUGGAGAAGUUAGUGGAGCUGGAGUUUGAGUGUCCGUGUAAUCCGACCUGGAACGGGCUGUUUUCCUCCGCGUUCUUCAUAAUCCCCGCGGUAAUGGCGUUCGCGUUAAUGAUGAUCAUUCAGGGAUGUAGGUGUGAUGUUUGGUGCCGGAGGACCUUGUCUUUUUCCAGUUUCGUGCCCGCGGUGGUCUGGUUGAUUCUGCUUUUCCUGGACGGUCAGUAUUUCGCCUGCGCGAUGACAGAUUGGCACGGUCGCUUCGUGAUCGUGGAUAAAGCCGCGCCGCAGAAAUGGUGCGAACCCACGCAAGAGGAGAGCGUGACCCCUCAAGAACUCAUGCUGCGCUCACAGCGACUGUUCGUCGAAUCUCAGGUGAUCGGCAUUGUCCUGCUCAUUUUUAUCUGUUUUGGACUGGUCGUGUAUGUGAUCAGAGAAAGCUGCCAACAGGAGCUUGAAGCUCAAGACACUAAUGUUGCAGAGAUGACUCUGUAUAGCUCUAGCUGACCGACAUCUGGACGUGCAUCUGCCUGCAAGCCACAAAGCUCAAGAGAACAGACCAUUCUUCCUCUGUUUGAAAAAAACAAACACUUGAAACAACCUUUUUUUGUAAUCACCUUUGGUCACCCUUUACAUCUCAAGGUUCAUGUUAUAGUGAACUAUAAAGUGCUAUAUAGUUUUACUUGUAAAACAACACGUAUCAAGUAAUAUUCUGGAUUCAAUACAUGCAGUCAAUUACAACAGAAAAUAUUUAGACUGGUUCCUCAGUGCGUGCACAGUAAUGCAAUUACAAUGGAAGUGUAUGAGGCAAGGCAUUGCACUGGGUUAAAUGUUAAAAUACACAAUUCUAGCAUAAUUUAAAGUAUUACUGUUAACGCAGUUUUCAUUUGUGUUUCAAAAUAAUGUUCUGUAGUAAUCUAGAGCAUGCUACAGAGACUUUCGACAGAUAUAAUAGAGCAACUAGUAAAUGCAUUCAUUUAGUGCUAUUAAUAUUUGAAUAAUCAUGAAAUAUGUGUAACAUGAACACUCUAAUGUAAAGCCAAUCUUGUUUUUUUUGUUGUUUUUUUUUUAAUCAGUGACAGGCUAAACAUGACUGAAGAUACUUUAUUUCCAAAAUGCUGCUAUGGAUGUAUCAACUUUUUCAUGUUUUUUGCUGUGACUCUAACUGAAGUGCAGACAGAAUUGCACAGAGGGAAAUGGAGCUUUACACAAGUAGCAGCUGAAAGCUCAAUGCAGAUCAUUGACAUUAUUGUCACUGUUAAU